GCAGGAGGUCUGGUAGGACAAGACUGUCCCGUUGCCCUCGCGCUGGGAGCUGCAUUGCAGGGUUGACAAAGGACAGGACUCCUGCACAGAUGAAGGGGUGGUGCAUCCCAUUGCAGAAGGUGGGGGGGACAUUGAUGAUGGCUAUUCGUUAUCAAUAGCCCCCUUUUCCGAAGCCACGGGGCCGAUGCUGACGGUGGCUGAAAAAGCGUUAACGUCGCUGGUAGCUUGUUUCCACUGGCAGCCUCCACCGUUUUGUAUCGUAAAUACAUUAGCAAACUGCCACGUUCGAGAGACUGACAAACAGCGCUCGCUCUUAAAUGGUUAAUAUUUCGCUACGGAAUCUGAAGAAGGAAAGAAAGAGGCCAAUCCUGCCUGGUGAUUUGUUGCCAUUUGGGCCUGUUCAAAACAAAUCUGGAGCACUGGAGGAAUUCCCCCCCCCAACUCCCCCCUCUUCUGCAGCAUAGGGUUUAUAUGCCAGCAGCUUAAAAGAUGCCCGUGACAGACCAGGCCUUCGUGACCCUUGGUACCAAUGAUGCUUACUGCCAUGGAGCUCUGGUUCUUGGACAGUCCUUGAGGAACCAUAGGACGUCCCGAAUGCUUGCAAUACUAAUUACACCCCAAGUUUCCAGAGCAAUGAGGGCCGUCCUCAGUAACGUAUUUGAUGCUGUGGUUGAUGUGGAUGAAAUUGAUAGCAAAGAUGUGCUGUGCUUGGCUCUUCUGAAUAGGCCAGAGCUGGGUGUGACCUUUACCAAGCUUCACUGCUGGACGCUUACUCAGUAUAACAAAUGUGUCUUCAUGGAUGCUGACACUUUGGUCCUGUGCAAUGUUGAUGAACUGUUUGAUCGAGAAGAGCUGUCAGCCGCUCCUGAUUCUGGCUGGCCAGACUGCUUUAACAGCGGUGUCUUUGUUUUCCGUCCUUCUUUAAAAACCUUCAACCUCCUCUUGCAGUUCGCAAAUGAGCAUGGUAGCUUUGAUGGAGGUGAUCAGGGACUGUUGAACAGGUUUUUCAGCAACUGGGCAACAACGGACAUUAGCAAACACUUGCCAUUUCUCUACAAUCUGAGCAGCAAUGCAAUCUACACCUAUGCCCCUGCAUUCCGAUAUUUUGGUAAAGAUGCAAAGGUAGUCCAUUUCUUGGGAUCAGCAAAACCCUGGAACUGCAAAUAUAAUCCUCAGACCAGAACAAUUGUAGAUGAUGGUUCAGCUUCGGUAUCUCAAAGUCAGCGUUCCUUUCUUGAACUUUGGUGGGAGACGUACAAUUCCAGUAUAUUACCCUUGCUGGAAAAAUUACAGGAAUCAUAUGAGCCAGAGCUCCCGAAAGAAGAGCUUAACUUGAGUGAAAAUCAAAUUGAACUUGAAGAAGAAGAAGCUGUUCUUUCUAGUAAUUCUUUGCCUAUAUCUGUGAAUACAGAAUAUGUAAUAGAAACGACUGUAGGCACAUGUAAUGAACUCUCUGCCAAUAAUCAGUCUGUACAGAAAGUAGAGGGCAGUCAUGAUGUUAAAGUUGCUGUGCCCAGCCAGUCUUCCACAGUGCCUAUUGUCCAGACUUUCCCUCAGCACACUAUAGAAAUGGUGGGUGGAACACUCUACUCUGGCACCUGUGGAAGUGAGAAGUUACAGGAAGAGGUUACCAGUUCUGUUUCAGAGCUUUCUACUGAACCAGGACCACAAGAGCCAAGUGCAGAAGAUGAACGAAGAAAAUGGGAGGAAGGCCAUAUUGACUAUCUGGGGAAGGAUGCUUUUGAAAACAUUCAAAAAAAGUUGGAUUCCUUUUUAUUAUAGAUCUUGCUUUUGUGCUCUUACAGUAAAAUUAUCACUGUUUACAUCUCUCAUGUAUGUGAAAUCUUCAGGAUAAGACCCUGGUUGUUUUGCAGAGAAGAAGGUGGGGUGAAAACAAAAAAAACCUUUACUAAUGGCCGCAUUUAGAACGUGUGACUGUAUUAUGGCAAUAUUUUGUCCCAGAGACUGAAUUACAAUAGGCUUAUCAAGUUGCCUUUUACUGAGUCAGACCAUUGGUUCAUCCUUUCAUGCACUGUCUCCCCUAACUAAAAGCAGCUUUCCAAGAUUUUAGGCACAAGAUUUUGGGCAGCAUCUGGACCCAGUUCUCUUCUUGAGAACCUUUUAAAUGGAGAUUGUAGGUAACAAACCUUGAACUUUCUGGAUGCAAUCCAGAUCCUCUGAUUAGUUUCUGCUGGCACAGUAUGCCAAGUACUGCUGCCACUCAACCAGCAUUACUUUUGCUGGCGAUUCUGCUCAGUGUGAUAUGCCAAAGUUGUUUCCUCUUGGACCAUCUGUCUUAUGAAUAUGGUCAAUAUUUGGAAACCUCCAGUACUUUCGUACAAAGAGGGUUUAAAAACAAAAGUCUGUUUAAGGCUGACUUGUAGUGCCUCAUAAAACAUUCUUUCACCAUCUGAAAUCAUGUUCUGGAAAUCAUUUUUAUACCAAAUAUCACACCAUAUUGUAUUCUUCAGUAGAUUCCAAAGAAGGGUCCAAAGAAUUUUAAUCAGACCUGAUGAACACAGUCAGGGCACGAUCCAAAAUACUGGUGCAUAGAAGAGUCUUACAGAUCCACUGGACUGCUGCCUUUCCCCAGACUACAGGCAUGCAGCUGGUGCAAUGAGCCCCUAGAGACACCUGGAAGCAUCUUUCUUAUCAUCCAGCCUCCCCCCUGCCACUUGUUGCAAAUUGUGCUUUAGAGAGUUAUUGACUUUUAUCAACUUAUUUUAAAUUGCUAUUCCUGAAUCCUGAUUUGUGGAAAGAAUGCUUGGAGUUGUGAGCUACAGCUGGCAAACUGAUCAUUAUCCUUCCUGUCUAAUUAAAUCCUGCUAGGAAAAGUUGAGAUCCUCUUUAGCUAGGAUCCAGAGGAGUUAGCCGUGUUAGUCUGCAGUAGCAAAAUAGAAAAGAGUCCAGUAGCACCUUUAAGACUAAC